AGCGAAGAUCUCGCGGUGCUGGGCGCGCUCCGCCUCAGACGCCUCCUCCUCCUCCCUCUCUCUCGCUGGGAGCGGUGACUGUGCGCAGUGGAGCGGGCGGGGAGCGCACAGCUGGGCGGAGAAGCACGCCGGCUUCCAGCUCGAGGAGAAGGAGGCGCCGCCGCCGGCGGGAAGAAAAAGAGGAGGGAGGGAGGCUGAAGUAGUACUCGGCGCCGUACUAGCAAAGAGUAGCCGCCGCCGCUGCAGGUGGGAGGGGAGCGCGUUUUGUUCCGCCAGCCGCCGCCGUCACCACCUCGUCCGUCCCAGUCCGGCGCCCGAGCCUCGCCCAGUCCGAUGUCCCUGCUGCUGCUGAGGCGGCGGCGGCAGCAACGCCAGCAGCGGCACUGAGCGAGCCGAGGUGCUUGUCUGCAAGCCGGCCGAACCCUUUCCGCCUUCCGCAGCCAGAAUAUGGCCACCCAGACAACGUGCACCCGCUUCACCGACGAAUACCAGCUGUACGAGGAGCUUGGCAAGGGAGCUUUUUCAGUUGUCCGCAGAUGUGUGAAGAAAACCUCAUCCCAGGAAUAUGCCGCAAAGAUCAUCAAUACCAAGAAGCUGUCUGCCAGAGGGAAAUAAGGCUGAAAGAUGACCGUCUCUUCUAUCCCCAGAAAAAUCACCAGAAACUGGAACGUGAAGCUCGAAUCUGCCGACUAUUAAAACAUCCAAAUAUUGUUCGGCUCCAUGAUAGUAUUUCAGAAGAAGGUUUCCACUACCUUGUCUUCGAUCUGGUCACUGGUGGGGAGCUCUUUGAAGAUAUUGUUGCCAGAGAAUACUACAGUGAAGCUGAUGCCAGCCACUGUAUUCACCAGAUUCUGGAGAGUGUCAACCAUAUUCAUCAGCAUGAUAUUGUACACAGGGACUUAAAGCCUGAGAACUUGCUACUUGCAAGUAAGUGCAAAGGUGCUGCUGUGAAGCUGGCUGACUUUGGACUUGCAAUUGAAGUUCAAGGGGAGCAGCAGGCAUGGUUUGGGUUUGCUGGUACUCCGGGAUACCUGUCACCUGAAGUCUUAAGAAAAGAUCCUUAUGGAAAGCCAGUGGAUAUAUGGGCAUGUGGAGUUAUUCUGUACAUAUUACUAGUGGGCUAUCCCCCGUUUUGGGAUGAAGAUCAGCACAAAUUGUACCAGCAGAUCAAAGCAGGAGCCUAUGAUUUUCCUUCUCCAGAAUGGGACACUGUGACUCCCGAAGCAAAGAACUUAAUCAACCAAAUGCUGACAAUCAAUCCUGCAAAACGCAUCACAGCUGAUCAGGCUCUUAAGCACCCAUGGGUCUGUCAACGAUCCACGGUGGCUUCCAUGAUGCACAGGCAAGAGACUGUGGAAUGCUUGAGAAAGUUCAAUGCUAGGAGAAAGCUGAAGGGUGCCAUACUCACAACAAUGCUGGUGUCACGGAAUUUUUCAGUUGGCAGGCAGAGCUCCGCCCCUGCUUCAGCCGCCAUGAGUGCUGCCGGCCUGGCUGAGCAAGCUGCCAAAAGCUUACUGAACAAGAAGUCUGAUGGGGUAAAGAAAAGGAAGUCAAGCUCCAGCGUGCAUUUGAUGCCACAGACCAACAACAAAGCCAGUGUAGUAAGCCCAGCAAAAGAAACACCCCCAAUGCAGAUGUCCAUGGAACCACAAACUACUGUUGUCCACAAUGCUAAUGAUGGCAUAAAGGGUUCCACAGAGAGCUGUAAUACCACCACUGAAGAUGAGGACCUGAAAGCGCCCCCUCUCUCCAUCGGGGAUGGCAGUUCAGUGCUUGAAGGACGGAGUCACUGUGAGAGCAAAACCCAGACUGAGUCCAUGCAGUCCCAGCUUUCUCUCUGUUAUUCAGCCAGUACUACUACUACUACUACUACUACACAGUCUUGUGACGAGAAACUUCUUGCCUGGGACAGCCCAGGGCAAACAGUGGAGUUGGAUCGUGCUCAGUCGGAGCCUGUCCUAACUCCAGUAGUUCCAUUUGCACUUAACAAUCCACCAUUGCGUAAGCAGGAGAUCAUCAAGAUAACGGAGCAGCUGAUAGAAGCAAUCAACAAUGGAGACUUUGAGGCUUACACGAAGAUCUGUGACCCUGGGCUGACCUCUUUUGAACCUGAAGCUCUAGGGAAUCUCGUGGAGGGGAUGGACUUCCACAAGUUUUACUUUGAGAACUUACUGUCCAAGAACAGCAAGCCAAUCCAUACCACGAUCUUGAACCCCCAUGUUCAUGUUAUUGGCGAUGAUGCAGCCUGCAUUGCUUACAUCCGCUUGACUCAGUAUAUUGAUGGCCAAGGCCGUCCUCGCACCAUGCAGUCUGAAGAGACCCGUGUCUGGCACCGUCGUGAUGGCAAGUGGCUGAAUGUCCACUACCACUGUUCUGGGGCCCCAGCGGCUCCGCUCCAGUGAAGCUGAAACACGGCAGCUUUCGGAGAUACUCAGCAGGAGGGCGAUAUGUUCUCAGCAAGCAGCUCUGGAGUGCCUGAAUUACAGCAACGGUCAUGUUCGUUUUGACGUUUAAAAAAAAUAUGAAUUACAAACCGGCAGCAGCCAAUGCACGAAACCCUGCAUGAAUCUGAUGCUCCAGGCGCUGCCACCUUUCUGUUGUUUUUCCAUGGAUCCAUCGUGUCUGUUUCUGCUGUAUGAAGGUGUCUUAUAAAUCUUGAGAGAAACCCAUAUUGUUUGUAUAGAAAAGAGAUCAUCCAUGAUGGAGUGUCCUGCGCCUCCCUCUCCAGGGCUGAAAAUGGGGCAGCAGCUGUGGAGCAUCUUUCAGAACCGGAGCAAAGAAAGGGGGUGUGAGAGAGCAGCUUAGGCAGCAGAAUGCAGAUAACUUAAUGCUCUGCGAAGGCACAGUGGGGACUAACAUUAUGUGUUCAGGGGAUGCUGCAACUUUACAUGGCAAGAGGUGGCUGGUGACAGGCUCCCCAGGGCCAGCGUGGUGAAAGGGGGAGCAAGAUGGAAGUAGGACAUUUCUCAGCCCUCUGCCAUCCAGCAGACUGACUUGAGCCCAAGUGUCAGCAGUGGAGAUGCAGGAGUCAGCUCAUGGCCUGGCUCCCACUGACCAACUGUGUAAAAAUGAGCAAGAAUGUUUUAAGGAACAGUAGGAGUUGGUUGGAAAUAGCUUAAGAGCUUGCUCUUCAGAGGUGCACUGAUUUUUACAAACAGCCACUCCUUGGAGAUGUGAAGUCAGCUUAUAAAGGUGAAGCUUAAGAGCAAAUAGGGAAGAAAGUACACAAAUGGCUUGUUUUAUUUUAACUUGUUUUUCUUUAUUUAGAGUAGGUGGGAUCCAGAAUGCUGCAGAGUAUGUGCUCCUUAGAAAAAAGCUUUUGUGUUACAUUCUGCCCUGAAGAUUUGCACACACCUGCGUUUGCUUCCUGUGUGUAACUUAGUUUGUGUUUUUUUUACUGAUAUAUAGAUAUAUAGAUAUAUAUAGAUAUAUAUGCGCGUCCCUAUAACUAUAGGGCUAACUGGUUUCCCAGUUUUGAUUUGUUUUCUGAUAAAACUAGCAAAGGGAGCCAGCAGUUUCAGGCAAGUAGUUUUUCCACUACUCUUGUUCAUCUGACAUCGCUUUAUUUCCAGUUGAUUUUUUUCCUUAUAUUUCCUUCCCAACCUAUGAUGGUGUAUUUAUUCAGUAGACCAUUGAAUUAGAAUCUCCUUCUACUACUUCUACUUCACACAGAAGGCUUUAGAGUUUUUGCUGCAUUUUCCACUGGUAGAAACCUUGGUGCACCCCACAAAGCAGGGGAUUUCCAUUUUGUACCACCCACAUUUGUCUCCUUUGCUACAAAGGAUGGCAUUCAAUGUUCUUUACUCCUUCGGUAGGAAAUACUUGAUAACUUUGCUUUUUGGCCGUUGCUUUGUCCUGUUUCUUAACAGCAGAAGUGGGAUAGAAGCUUUGCUAGUCAACGUCCAUGUUCUGUUUUACUUUAGUAGUUUCUCUGUAGCCUGCCUAUGAAAGGCAUCAAAGCCGUUUGCAUAUCCAAUCACAAUAUUUUGAUAACCUGGGAUUCUGUUAAACUAAACCUUUUGCUCCCUAAAUAGGUCUGAGCAGAAUAACAGAGAAGCAACCUCUUAAUGGAGUUUAGGACAAUGGGAAGUUAAAAUAUGAUCUCAUGGAACACAAAAGAUGUAUUUCUGUUUUGCAGGAGACAUCUCCGUUUUUGUUCUGCUGAUGAGAAAUUUCUAGGUCAUCCCCACAGUUUAUACCCAGUGCAGGAAAAGGGCAUUUACCCUUUACGAAGUUGGUCUGUGCAAAUCCUCCUUUCUUGUUUUCAGUGUCAAAUCUCAGUAAGAGUUAUAUGGAGGGAAAAUAGGGGAGGGGCAUUCAAUCAGAAGGAAGGAUAGGUGCCAGACUUUAAUAUAGAACAUAUUAGACAGCAUUAAAGUAGUGAGUGAGGUAAUGAAGAAAAGCCUUGAUACUUCUCUUCACGUUUUUAACAAAUGGGGAACAGGAAAUUAGUUAUGCAGCUUUUUAAAAAACAACAACAAAAUUCUGCAUGCUUUUAGGUCUGAUCUUUCCAUGUCUAUUUAUCUGAAAAUUAUUAAUAACAAACCCUCUGUAAUAAGUAUCUGCAUCUUUCAAAAAUAUUUUUGGAACAGUUUGAGUUGCAAUUUUUUUGUCUUUGUUUUUGCACAGUCUUUUAAGACAUGCUCUAAUUUAACAAGAACCUUAGCUUGGUAUGGCCAUUAUCAAACACAGUUAAUAGACGUCUAUCAUUCUUAAAUGUUCUCUUAUGGGGUUAAUGUAAGCAUCUAUAUACAACUAUAUCAAGUUUUAAACAGGAAAUGAAAGGCGUUUGAUGCAAAAAAUUUGCAUGGUAGAGAAAUAAUUGGAAUCAAGUUAGGCUUUUUUUCCUGAAUGUUGGUAGAACCUUCAUAGCUUUGUUAUAAUGAAACCUUGAACUGAAAAUAUUUAAUAAAAUAACAUUUAAAUGGU